GACACCAUGCUCGUCGACCCCGCCAUCCCCCCACAUCCCUUCCCAAGUGCCCCGCGCCUGCCCCCCUCCAGCCCCUGGCUUUCCACAGACACCUCACACGCAGUAUGGCCCUCUGAGCCGUCCCCUACAGACACCGCAACCCCAGUAUCCCCUUUGUCGCCUCACGAUCCAUCACACGACGCCAGCCCACGCUUCAACAAACGUCCCAGGUUAGAAUCAGCGGAGGCGUCUCCUUCGAUCCAGCGACGCUCGCCUCCCAGACUAGCAUUUCCCCCGCGAGGUCUCUCGCCUCGCAACAACCGUCGCUCCCGCAGGCCUGAUGCACGUGAUCCGAGCAUCGUCCCUUCUCCUCACUCUGGUCCUCCCAAUCCUUCCUCUCUCCGCAUCGAGGGCAGCUGUCCCGCCACUGAUUUGCAGCAUAGUCCCCUCCCCCCUGGUCUCCCUCCCAUCGACCUCAAUUCCUCGCAUAUACCCGCCUUGCACCCUCUCAUAAACAGGCAGACUUUGAAGGAACUCGAUCUCAGCGCUAUCAUGCGCAAUCCGCAGCUUCGACAUGAUUUACUUUUCGAUGCUGGUCUCCAAUUUCGUCCCACUUCUGGCCGCCGGAAGCGUGAUCUUGCUGACAGGUACUGGCGUGCCAUCGUUCAAGAACUGGAAAACGGUUGCACUUGCGUUUCAUUUGAUAUGCAAGGAAAACCUCAUGAUUGCGUCUGCGUUUGUCGUCGAGUUCCUAUCCCUCCUCACAACCCCGUUCUCACCUUUUCGAGUUCUCGCCGCGUCCUGACACUGCGGAUGCCUUCUCGCAUCCGUCCUCUACUCGCAGAGUUUCUAGAGGUUCUCCUCUCAGUCAUCCAGCCCUUAUCUACCAUAUCUGGUCCCUACGCCAACCCCGAUGCUUUCCAGAAUCAGAUCCAGCAGCACGCGGCUCAGGCUACACACCUCCGAUCUUUAUUCGACCCAGAAUUAAUAGAGCAAGAGCUACAUCACGAGCUGUUUGACCCUUCAGGUCUUUUCCGAAUGAUCGGGCAGACUCUCAAGAGCCACUGCGCUCCAAUGCGCGAUCGUGCUGUCGACAUGAUGGUAGAGGUGGCACAAUCAUGUGCCCCCGGUUGUGGUGGAAGCAAGAAGGAUGCUGUAAAAGCCGUGCGCAUGUGCCUGGAUAUCUUGGAGCUCAUGAAACUCGACAUUGCAAAUCACCAACUGCAAACCCUCCGCCCUUUCCUCAUAGACACCUCUGGACAGUUUGAACUCAAAACGUUCAAGGGUCGCAAAGGCCCGGGAUCAACCCUUCACGUCACACAACAGUGGCUGCAAGCUACUCAUAAACAGCUAAUGGCCUCCGAACGUAUUACCCAUCCAUCUUUCCCCUCUGGGUCGCUGAAUUACCGCAACCUGUGUAACACACAGCAAGCGUACCUGUCUGUACUCAAGGGUCUUACCGACCUCGUGUUUAAUCCCCCCUCAAGCAUCGGACCAAUAUUAACACCCCCUACACAUCCUUCCCACAACUCUCAUGCUCCUAUAUCUCCCUUGCCGAAUUACCCUGAAACUUCGUACCUUGACAGCGCUCGUCUCCUUGUUCUUGCCGCAGAUGCCGCUGACACCACCGUUUUGUACAUGUUCCUGCUACUGUACCGCCAACUAGUGUUCUCCGACCCGAGCUCAUCACCUAAUGCACCGCGGGACCUAUCCAAGGUAAGCGACGCAGAGCUGGUGAAGCUCAAGAAAGAGAUCCGCGAUGUCAGUUCUACACAUCUCGGUUACUGUCUUGUUUGUCGGCGGCCAGAAGACGGAGAUGACUCCAAUGUGGAGAAGCCAGAAGAUAAGGAAUGGGAAAAGUGGAAGAAGCUCGAGCAAGAUAUUGUUCUACAGGUAGCGAUGCGAGCCAAGGAGGCCCAGACACCUAAACCCCAGUCAACGUGCCCAGACUCGCCAUCUACGGAACGGCCGCCGCUAGGAUUAGCGCCCGAUGAACGUAUUCUAAAACUCGCCGAGCGCUGGUCAGACACGCACAUGCAGCCUGGCUCCGCACUCAGUGGUAUGUUACGCAACCGGAUACGUGACGCGGUUUUCAACCACGUCGUGGCACUCACCUUUCCCGCUCGGGAAUCGUCCUCUGGAAAAUGCAAGGCACUAGAUUUUGCUGCAAGCCUUGCUGCUGUGACGAACACAAAUGCGCAACUUGGGACCGUUUCGGGUAUGGAGCCCCUGACUGACGAGAUACAGUCGCUUGCGGAACGAUUAUCAAGGCUUGCGAUGAUCCAUCUUGGGGUUUAUCUUCCGCUAUACGAGCAGGAAGGGUUCUUAACGACUUUGACUCCGACUUCGUAAUCAUCAUCGACAUAUAUAGGUCCUCCCGCCAAAUUCACGCCUUUUUGUUCGCUUUCGCGCUAUCUACUGCUGACUCGUUGACCUCCAAUUCUUCAUCACAUCAUCGAUACCAUUACCCAUUAUUCGACAUGAUCCCUCCAGUUUUUGUCUUUUCCCCCCGUUUCGUUCUUGCCAACCUUGACCUGGAACAGCCGACGACACCUAUACGAUUUCUCACGUCGCCUGAUGAAAAUUUGAAGUUAAGAGCCGAAUCAUACACCUUAGUACAGUACUAGUAUCCCAAGACAAUAAUGCAAACACGUGUAGCAAAAUGUUGUUCCUCCUGAACUGUGCCUUAGAUAAUCUCCCGCAUGCCAACAGACAAGAGUUACCAAUCCAAAUGGCAACGCGUGAGUGUGUUUAAUAUUAAGGGAUAAGAUGAAAAGCACAGGGAUUUCAUUUGCAUUCUUCUAUGUAUUCAGCCUAUUUUUCUACGCUUUGAUUGCUCAUUGCUAGAGCUGAAUCUCCUAGGACGUUUCAGUGAAUCACUGCUUUGAUGGCUAGCGCUUUCGGCUGCACCUCCACGAGGGAAUGGACGUGACUUCUUUUCCUUUUGCCCUAUCUUCUUUUGUUUCUUCUCGAUUGCCUUCUU